AUGGCCCAAAGGCGGCGCCGGUCUGGCGGGCCAGGAACCGGCAUCGUUGGCGAGCCUCAAGCACCCCUGGCCUUGUUUCACGACUGGGCAUCCUCGGACGACAGACGGGCCUUCCACUUCUUCCAGCAUAUCACGGCCCCGUGCCUAUCGGGGAGCCUCGACGGCCCCUUCUGGAGGGUCUUGGUACCCCAGAUAUGCCAGUCCGAGCCUGCUGUCCGGCAUGCCGUGUUCGCCGUCAGUAGGCUCCACGAAGGGAUGGUGCAGGCCACCAUGACACCCUAUCGCAAUACCGAGGACCGGAACUCGUUCGCCCUGAAUCAGUACAACCGCGCCAUUGCCUGUCUGCUGGACCAGAUGCGCACCAUCAACGCCCGGCCGCUGGUUCCCCUGCUCACAUGCGUUCUCUUUGUAUGCAUCGAGCUCAUGCAGAGCAAGGACAGGGAAUCCCUUCUCCACCUCGAGCAGGGCCGCCAGAUACUGAGCCAGCUAGGCCGCAAGGGGCCCUCGGAUAGUCCGGAGAUCGACCUCAUCAAGCAACACCUGGUGCCCAUGUACACCAGGCUCAGCCUGACCUCGCUCAUGUUCGGCGGCGAGCCCGUGGAGGUCCCGGCGCCGCUCAAGACGCUGACCGAGGUACCCAUGAUGUUCGAGACGGUCGACGAGGUCCGAUAUGCGCUCUAUGACUUCAUGGACGAGUGUCUGCGGUUGGCCAAGAGGACCCGCGUGGCCAAGCUGCAUGACGUUCCUCCGGAACAGAUGCGAGCCUUUGAGCAGGAGCAGGACCCUCUGCUGAGGAAGCUGGCAAAUUCAAUCCCGGUGGGCUCCAUUUCGCUAAUCCAAAUUCAUGUCCAUACGACAUUCAUCUGGAUCUCGACGGCGCUCAGCCAGCACGAAACAGUCUUUGAUGACUACGUCGACACCUUCUCUGCCAUCAUCCCUCUCGCAACCGAAGUCAUUAGCUCUCUCAGCACCCCUAUCCCUGAGCCACCUGCAGCCGAAACGAACCGCCUCGCGACCUUAUUCACCUUCGAAAUGUAUAUCAUCGCCCCGCUCUACUUCGUGGCUGCCAAAUGCAGGCAUCCUCUCAUACGGCGCGCGGCGCUCGGCCUCCUGCGGCGGCAUCCCAUGCGGCGUGAGAACUUGUGGCGGGCCAACGUCAUGGCUGCCAUUGCCGAGCGGACCAUGCGGCUCGAGGAGAAGCACUUGCGUGCAGAUAGCCAGCCUCACUCUCGGCAGCCCUCGCCGCCUGAGCUGCAAGGGCUGUUCCCCAGCUUGUCCGUCUUGGGGCACGAGCCACCCCCGGCAGUCACAUCGUCAUGUUCCUCCUCGGUCGCGGGCAGCGCGGAGAUGGGAAGCAUGAGCGACAUGGCAGGGCACAUGCCGAUCGAUCCGCCGCUCUUCCUCGAUCCAAUCGAGGUAUCAACGGCCCCCACCUUCAGCGUCCCGCCUUCUACUGCCUCUUCUCUCGACGACUCGGCCCUACCACCGGCGUCGACCGCCUAUACUGGCCCAUCCGCCUCUCAGUCGCGACACACAUCUCGAUCGCGCGGCUCGCCGUCCGUAGCAUCCGGCGGAUCGACGCCGCCCCAUUCGACGGGGAUGCGGAGAACGACAGUGCCGGCCGCCGGCUAUGGUGGUCUCCUCUCCCAGUUCCAGCAGUACCAGCAACAGCACCACCAUCGCCGCCACCACCACCACCACCAACAACAACAGUACCUGGGCGGCGGGUUGCCGAUGAGCGUGGGCCAGCUGAGCCCCAAGACGGGGAAGCGCAGCGGGGACGCGCCGUACGACGUGCCGGAGCGGUACCGCGUGCACCAGUCCAUCAUCGGGCCGGACAAAGAGGACGGCACCAGCUGGGUGAUGCUGUUCCGGAAGCUGGGCGGGUUACAUGCCGAGUGGGACGUGCUGAUCGAACGCCAACGCCGAAGAAGUCGUGCCAGUCCCCAAGGUUGGGGACCGCGCCCCGUCUCUGGGCAAGGACAUCGACUUCCCGCACGACAAGCCUCUGCUCGUCGUCUUCUUGCGGCACUGCGGCUGCCCUUGGUCGUGCAAGUAGGGGGCGAAUGGGAUGUCCAGGUGCUCCCCGACCCGCAGCGCGAGCUCUACCACGCCUGGGGCCUCGGCCUGAGCUCGACAUGGUACGCCAUGAACCCCAUGGCGCUGUGGCGUACGUGGAAGCUGGGAACUGAGGAAGGGAUAUGGAACCGAAAUGCCCAAGGCGGCAGCAAGUGGCAGAUCGGCGGGGCGUUUGGUGUUGAUCGUGAAGGUAUUGUUCGGUGGUCGAAGCCGGCAGCGAGUGCAGACGAGAUACCGGAUUUCAAGGAGGCGCUGAAGGUUUUGACCGGAAAUUAACGGAUGAGUUUUUGGUGUUUUGGCGCCCCUGGAGUCCUGGUUGGUUAAUGUAGGCUGCCUAUGGGCUUGUUGUCUUUUUAAAAAGUCUCUACCGUUCCUCUCAUGUUCUUCUCAAUUUGAAGGCUUGCAUUGGUCCUACGAGGCACAUAGCCCUCUGGGAAGAGCGUCGACGAGCAGAUGCUAGCAGUAAAUAUAGGUGCUUUCAAAGGAUG